CUGACCCUCGUCUUCCCCGCGACCGCAACGCCGAAACCGAGGAGGAGGAGGAGUAGGAGGAGGAGCUACGAGACCGACACGCCAAGCAAAGAGUUCCUUCUCCGUCCGAACUGUGGUUGGAAGCUAGGAGUGUGGCUUCGCGCAGCCUCUUCGGAUCCCGAAUGGCGCUCACCACGACGAGUUGGUUCCCGUUCUGGCGACCAAGGAAUCGCUUCUCCCUGGAAGAGCUUAGAUACCUUACCGAAGAGCUGCAAAAGAUUGAAAUUGUGAAUGAUAUCAAUGAGGACUUAGUAAUUGAAAUGCUGAGAUCAAUUGCCGAACUGAUGACAUAUGGUGGCCAACACGAUCCUUCCUAUUUUGAGUUCUUCAUGGAGAAGCAGAUUAUUUCUGAAUUUGUAAGAAUCUUAAGGAUUAGUAAGCCGACGAAUGUUUCGUUGCAGUUGCUGCAGACAAUGAGCAUCAUGAUCGAGAAUUUAGCAGACAAAAAUUCAAUUUACUACUUAUUCAGUAAUGGACACAUUAAUCAGCUCAUUACAUAUUCCUAUGACUUUCAAAAUGAAGAGAUUUUGCCAUAUUAUAUAUCCUUCUUAAGGGCAAUCAGUAGAAAGCUGAACAAGAAUACAAUCUCACUGCUUGUGAAGACUGAGAAGGAGGAAGUAGUUUCCUUUCCACUAUACUUUCAAGCAAUACAGUUUGCUUUCCAUGAAGACAAUAUGGUCCGAGUUGCAGUCCGCGCUCUAACGCUCAAUGUCUACAAUGUUGGGGAUGAACAGGUGAACAAAUAUGUAAAAUGCACCCCACAAUCUGAUUAUUUUUCAAAUAUAAUUAGAGAUUUUUAUAAGCGAUGCAUCUACCUAGACAAAUUGAUAGCUCAAAGUGCUAGGAAACUAGAUGCAUCUGUCUCAGAUUCUUCAAUUCGCUGUGCUAUAAAUGAAAUUGAAGAUAUUUUGUAUUACUUGAGUGAUAUUCUAUCUGUUGGUGUUCCUGGCCUUGGAAGAUUGCUUACUGACUACAUAUUAGAACUUAUAGUUUUUGUAUUGCUUCUGCCUUCACUGAAGAAGCAAAGUUGCGGAACACAAGUAGGCAUCACGACCUCCUUGCAUCUACUCUGCAGUGUGCUAAACAUUUACAAUAGCAAGGAUUUGGUUAAUAUUAUUGCUGCAGCUCUUCUCUGUUCAUCAGAGUUUUUUUCUCCAAGAUCUAAAGCCACAACAUAUGGCUAUGUGAAUGUCUCUCCCCAGGAUUUUUCUUUAUCUGAUUUUUCCACUCAAGAAAAUAUUAAAGACAAAAAAUCUCCUAUGUCUCAUUCAAAUCCUGUUUCUUUGCAAAAUGAAAAUUGUGGCCUGCAUAUUACUUUGAGAGAGUUAUUGCUAGCAUAUAUCAUUGGUGGGGAUGAGUUACAAAUUAUGGGUUCCUUGAGUUUGCUUGCUACAUUGCUACAAACAAAUGAUCUGGAUGAAUCAGUGUUAGCUGGUCUUGGGAUUCUUUCACAAAGAAAGCAACAUAAGGACCUGUUUCUUCAAGCUUUGGCGGGUGAAGAAACCAGCGAGGAAAAGCUAAUUUCUAAGGUUAGAAUGUCAAAGGAUAAUAUAAGCACUGAACUUAGUGGAUACCUGCAAAAGCUCGAGGUCUUUGAGAAGAGCAUCUUGAACCAUCAGGAUGAAGAUAAAUAUGGUUGUCAUCCCAAAAGUGAAAUAAAUUCAAAAAUACAUACAUAUCAGGUGUUCAAUGCAUUGCUACAUCUUCUCUGCAGGACCAACACAUCUGCAGAUAUAUUAUGGCUUGGUGGUUGGGUUAUGAAACAGCUCCUUCCUUAUCAUGAGGAAGAUUGUUCCCCACUUGAUCUUCAACAACUAGAGGACUCACACAAGUUGUCUGCUGGCAACCUCUUGGAGGAAAUCAAUGGAUAUUGGUGUGAUGUCCUGAUACCUCUUCUUAAAGACAAAUGGAAUAUCUGCAAGAAAGUGAUUGAGGCUUCAUCACCUGCAAAAGAUUCCAAGUCCAUUUUAUUUCCCUCUCAUGCAUUCUCUUCUGGAGGUGAAUCCUCUUUUGCUGCUGCAGGAAAAAUGUGUGAGACGAUCAAGGUUUUUGUUCUUCAGCGCCAACUACUUUUGGCAUUAGGAGUAAACUUACCUGAUCUACCGUAUCUUUAUACUCCAGUCAAUUCUCCUGUUGCCUCCAGAACUAAAACCUCCAUCUUGGAUGCUACUAUGCCAAAACCUGGUUCUAAAAUUAGCUUAGACAAUGCAAUACCUUGUAGAAUAUCAUUUGAAGUCGGCAAGGAAAACAAUUACAGUUUUUUAGCAAUAUCUAGAGGCACAUCUGGGUGGGUCAUUCUAGCUGAAGAACUGCUGCAAGAGCAGCAACACGGAGUCGUUUUCGCCAUCGCACCAUUGGCUGCUUCUAAUCCAUUCAUAGAUGAAAAGCAACCCACUUGGUUGCAUUUACGCAUUCGCCCAUCGACUUUUCCGUUCAUUGAUCCCUCCAAGUUCGAUAUGUUCUACGAAGCGAAGGACUUCAGUGAUGGGCGAUGGACAUUAGCUUUCCGGGAUGAGCAAGCUUGCAAAGCGGCCGAGUCUGCACUAAUUGAAGAGCUCAACAUGCAACGCAAUGAGGUGGAACAAAGAUUAAAGCCUUUGCUUCAACUUGAACUUUGUACCCUUCAUAAGACUAAUGCUUGAUUGUUCUUUUCCUUUGUUAUUGCUUUCAAAGUUGGGUGUCUGUAAUUGUGUAGAUUUGGUUCUCGAUUUUUCUUUUAUAAGCAAAAAAUAUAUAUAUUAAAAGAAA